AUGGCGUUUUGCCGUGUGGUGUUCCCGUUAUUAGUUCUAAGUGUAAUUAGCUGUUAUGCAUCCAAAGUACCAGUGUUCAUGUGGGGCGAUUCGAUCCAGAGCUCCGUUAAAGCGAAUCCUCUUACCACAUACAGCAGCGAGGAAUUUGUUGCUGCAGUCGAGCAGGUAAUAGUACCGGGCACUCUGACUCUUGUUUUCAUCGAACCAAGACUGUCAGUUGAAGAUUUUUCACAGAAAAAUAGCAAUGGUGAAACAUCGUUCCCAUACUUGCAUGAUAACAUUGAUGAGGCAGUAUACUUGCCUAACGUAAAGAAUGCGCUGAAGGCCUUGAACCGUACUGCUGGAGACUCGGCUGCGAACAUUUACGUCACUGAGGAAUCGUCUGACAUUCUCGGAUUAAACAAAUUGCACGGUGGUAAUUUCAUCUUCAUCCAUCUGAAUGACGCGCGCGACGGUGAGUCGCGGGAAGAGAUGCUGCGCCGCCAUGAUGAUUUCAUGCACUCUACCAUGGGAGACAUGCCCGAAGAGCUGAACACUAUUGGUAUCUACACUGCUAACUACCCGUCAUGGACUAUCCCUGCCUCAAAGUCUCGUCCUCGCCGUGCUGUCGAAGAAAACGCAGCUAAAUCUCGUAUGUACACGGUGGACGGUCUCCGCAUGAUCACAAAAACCGUGAAAGUUAUCAGCGGUAAUGACUCAAGGACCUUAGGAGACCUUACAAAUCAUUCUUCCGAGCUAAACACUACAUAUGUAAACGCUACCUUCGUUUUUGACAAUACUACUCUGCUGCUGAAUUUCAACGCUAAAGGAGGAUACUGGUUCUUCGAUUUUGUCUUUGCCUCUUGCAUCACCUUCUACGGAAUCAUGAUGAUGAUGGACAUUAGGACCAUGGACCGCUUUGAUGAUCCCAAAGGCAAGACUAUCACCAUCAACGCUGCCGAGUAA